AUGAGUAAUACAGUAGAUGGUCAAAAUGAUCAAGAUACUCACCAGGAGCAAUCAGAGGUUAUUCUUGAGAAUGUAUGGGCGAGUUUCAUCGGCGAAAAUGGAGGAGACAAGAUCAGAAAAAGUUCAUUAGAAGUGUGUAAACCAUGGGAAGAAUUACCAAGUCUGGCCAUAAGAGAUGAUUCAGCUAGAAUCCUACGAAGGUUGCCAAGUCUAGGGAGGUGGAUGUCAAUGGGAGCAGAGGCCUGGGAUGAGCUUCUUGAAGGGGGUUUUGACCUAGCAAGGCAUGAAAAACAAUCUUGUGAAGAUAAUUCAACAAGUACCAGACUGUGCACAGAUCCUCCAUGGCCUAAAAAGGUGACAAUUGCUGCAAGAGCUGGACAAGAGAAUAAGGUUUCGACACGCCAUUACCGUGGAGUGAGGAGGCGUCCGUGGGGAAAAUACGCUGCGGAGAUAAGGGAUUCCUCGAGGAAAGGCGCUAGAGUUUGGCUAGGGACUUUUGACACAGCUGAAGAAGCAGCUUUAGCUUAUGACAAAGCUGCUUUGAGAAUUAAAGGGCCUAAGGCUUACCUAAAUUUCCCUCUUGACACAGUUGCUAAAGCUUUGGGUAUUAAUUAUAAUAACUGUUAUAAUGAGAAUAUGUUGAUUGAUGAUCACCAACGACUAAUGAAGAGAAUUAAUUGUAGUGUGGGUGAUGAGACUUUGGGGAAUGAGUUUGAUGUUGUGGAGUUUGAGGAUUUAGGGAGUGAUUACUUGGAUAGUUUGUUGUCUUCAUUUUAA